AUAUUAGUUCACACACUGCAUGUGCUCAGAAAGACAUCGCGUCGCUGUGACAGUAUUCUGUGAGGAAGAAAGCACAUUGAGGGCGGGCUCUUCCGAUAGUGCGAAUCUGUCGUAUAGACCUCAUCCAGAGUUUGCUAGUGUACAAGUGAAGCUUGACUUUGGACAACAUCCUCGUUGCGCAAACAAAAGCGAACUGACAAAGAUGAAAGAGAUAACAACGUGAUCCUGUUCAAUGGAUUUGAAACGGAACAAUGGAUUUAGGUUUCAGACUGUCGAAUGCUCAAAAUGGUCAUUUAUGAAUGUUGAAUACUCUUAAAUUAAAGCGCGUGCUAAACGGAGCUGGCGCGAGGGACUGUGAAUGCAAGGCGACGCGAAGUGUCCACAGCCGCGGGUGAAAGCGGUAGAACUAAGUGAUGGUGGUCCAGGAUUCUCGACUGCUCCGAGUGCAACAUGCCAUGAAGCAGUCGGCUCAAGUUCUGCUGUUGGCCCUGCUGGUCUGGAUGCUGCUCGCACUCCUCGUCUUCACAUACUUCGCUGACUUCCAAUUGAACCAGAACCCUAAGACUGUUUCCUCCUUCAAUUCUGAAUCUUCGCGCUCAACCUACUCUCAGCAUAGUGGCAGGGCUAUCAAGUCAUCCAGUAAUGCCCGCUGGGGUGUGUUUGCAGAAAGAAGAGGUCCUUAUCAACGCAGACAAGUGUUUUUACCUCCUCAUGCUAAAGAAUAUUUUUAUUUUAGGAAAUUUGAUCGUCGUGGGCUUGGCGUAAAGAAGUCCAAGAUAAUUCCACCUGAAGAUAAUGAUAGAGAUGACUAUUUUUCCAAUCCCUGGUCGGUGGUCCGGGGUUUGUGGAAGGGGCAUGUGUCCUCCAGGAUGCUAAGUGCAAAACUGCAGCGAGCCAUGAAGGACCAUGUUCACACUAAUAAGCACAGAGUUCUAUACAAAGGCCAGCGUAAGCUGAACAAAAGCAAGCAGGAGCUGUUGUGUCAGAUGAAAGAGCAAGCCCAGAUCAGGACUCUGAAUGGCACUGAGCAGCCUUUUGCCGAUCUGGGAUUUAAACAGCUGGUUUCUCCUCCACUGCAGCAGAAGUACAGGACGUGUGCUGUGGUGGCGUCAGCAGGGGCAAUACUAAACUCAUCACUUGGUCAUGAAAUUGAUUCCCACGAUGCAGUGCUGCGUUUCAAUGCUGCUCCCUCUGAGGGCUAUGAGAGAGACGUGGGCAGCAAGACAACCAUCCGGAUCAUGAACUCUCAGAUUCUAGCAAACCCAAAAUACAGAUUCGGCAGCAGUUUGCUCUAUAAGAACAUCACCCUGGUAGCCUGGGACCCAGCGCCUUAUAACAUUGACCUGCACAAGUGGUUCCUGCAUCCUGAUUAUGACCUGUUUACUCCAUACAUAACUCACAGAAAGGCCUUCCCGGAGCAGCCCUUUUAUAUUCUGCAUCCGUCUUUUAUCUGGAAACUUUGGGAUAUCGUGCAGAGCAUCACAGAGGAGAACAUUCAACCGAACCCCCCUUCCUCCGGAUUUAUAGGUAUAAUCCUGAUGAUGAACCUUUGUGAGAAGAUCCAUGUGUAUGAGUACAUUCCUUCUAUGAGACAAACCGAUCUGUGCCAUUACCAUGAGCUGCAAUAUGACAUGGCGUGCACAUUUGGGGCGUACCACCCUCUGCUUUACGAGAAACUGCUUGUCAAGCGCAUGAGCACAGCUUCAGAAGAGGACCUCAGGAAAAAGGGAAAGGUCACACUGCCAGGAUUCAGUAAGAUCAAGUGUCUGCUGUGAUUUGCAGACUCCAGCACAUCUAGACUUACAUGUCUUCAAAUACAGUUCAAUCAGAAGAAACCCCAUGCCAUCUACUAGGGGUUUUUAUGUAUAUUACUUGUAGCAGUCUAAGAGUAGACUUUAUAACGAGGAGAAUAAUAAACAGCACUCUUCAAAGACUAUGUUUUAGAGAUUGUACAUACAAAACCAGAGUGUACAGGACAAAUUCAAGGUUAAGUCUAACUCAGCAACUACAUUGCUGGAAUUAUCAAACAGUGAAUUGUACAUAUAAAGAUCCAUUUACAUUUCCUGAGUGAAUUGAAAUUCUAGUUUUCAUUUAAGUAUAAGACCAGAAAAACAGUGGUCAGAGAGGACUGAAUUACAGGGUUUAAUUUCCCAAACGUUGCAAUUUAAAAAAAUAAAUAAAUCUCUGUCAUUAACAAUAAUGCUGCUCAUAUUUUGUCUAAAUCUAAAAGGAUAUUAAGAUUUUUUUUUUUUUUCAUUGUUAGUGUUAAGCGUGGUAACCUACAGUAUAAACAACCCAUGCUCAUUCUGAUUACGUACCCCUAUAUACAUUUCUGGAGAGCGCCAAAUACAUCCCAAACGUUUAAGGUGUGUUCGACUUAUGUGGUUUGAUUAAAAUCUCUCUUAAAACGGUG